AAAGAAGCCUCCACAUUUCGCAGGAGCCAACAUUGCCUCUUUUAAAAAAAACAAAAAACACACACAUCUCUCUCUCUUCUCUCUCUCUCUCUCUCGCUCAGUCCCUGGCUGUGGUUGGUUGUCAAAGCUUUGCUUUGUGCUUGAAUUGAAAGGGACAUCCUUAAUGAUUUCAUAUUUCAACUUGGAUUUAGGCCUCUCCAGCUAAGGCAGGAUACUGAGUACUGCUGGUUCCACAAAUGAUCAACUCUACUCUUAAAAACAAUGGGCUGGGCUAUUGUGGGACUGAUUUGCCUUUGUACCGUAAGCAAUCACCAAUAGGCAAGAAGAAGACAGCUUUGAGAGAUGUGCAGAAUGAUAGCAGGAGCUUAAUACGUAAUGAUCCAGAGAGUUGUGUUCUAGGAAGAAAUGAUGCCAAUGCUGUUAAGGUCUCUGGGGCUAAGAGACUUACCCCUGAAUUCUCUUCAAACCCCCCUUAUCACCAGUCCUGGAGAAGUAAUAGAGCAAAUAAACAUCUCACACAUGAUGUUAAGAAUUUUGAUUCAGAACUAGGCAGGACAAGAGUUCAAGAGACAUUUGAGAAUAAAAGCGGGUUUCCAAAUUCAAGAAAAUAUUUCCACAAUCAGCCACAACUAGCUCAACAACGUUCUGACAAGCAGGAGAAAAAUACAUCUUGUCUAUCUGCAUUUGCACCAAUUCCUACGGCUUCUUUGAUAGCCUUUUCCCCAGGUAGACCAUCAGUUCCUAUUUUUCUCGAAAAGUCUGGUAAUGGUUUGCCAGCUGCUGAAUCCAAUCACCUUAGGUUUACUUCUGAGUACGAAGUUCCUCAUAUAGCUGAUUCUAAGGGGAGCACUGAUCAGAAAAGGAAAGAACAGCUCCUUCAUGUGCAGAAGCUUCUGAAGCACUGUGAUAAGUAUGAUCAGAGAGAUUACAUCCAAAGGAUUUGCCAUUUGUCUCCUCUUGAGCUAAGCAGGCAUGCUGUUGAGUUGGAGAAAAGAUCAAUCCAGCUAUCAGUUGAGGAAGAAGGAUUAGACUAUGGAGUGGAGAAACAUCAGAUGGUUGGUGCCAAUAGUAAUGAUAGGAAAUCAGUGGCAGCUGGCAGUAGGUGGCUGCGAUAGCCAGAUAGGAGGCGGUUUGAGUGGCAGCAAUGGCUUGUGGGCCAGGCGAUUUGUUAUGCUGGUCGGAUGGUUGGUGAUGGAGGAAGUUGGUAGUGGCAGCAUAGAGGAGUAAAAAGGGGCAAGAGUGGUGGGGGUAAGGGCAAAGGAUUCUUCUGGAAAAUUGUUUACAUUUUUUUAUGAGUGUAAACAAUUUUCUGUUGACCAUGGAAAAUGUUUUUUGUUACUGAAAUUUUCUAUUGUACCAAACAUUGAAUAAUACAUGCAAAAAAAAAAAAAAAAAACAAAACAAAAAACAAAACAAAACAUUUAAUGAUGAAAAAAAGUUUAUUUGCAAGUUUUCUAAGAUCACAGACCUCAUAGACCUUUUUUGUUCUCUUUCUAUUUCCUUGAUCCCAGAUGAUAUCUGAUUGUACAUGUUUACAUUUUUGUUCAAUUAAAGUUUAACCGAGUUUAGUAAUCAA